AUGGGCCUGACCGACCUUUCCAUCCUCGUCCUCCUUGCGACUGGCCUCGUCUUCUCCAUCAUCGAACUCGGCUUGUCCGCUUGGGCGGUUGACGUAACUCCUGAUGGCAACGAAGCCAAUGACCGCUUCGGUUUCCUGGUAUUCUGCUCAGUGUGGACCAUUUUUGUGACCGCCUUCCUGAUCGCAUUCCCAAUAUAUGGAACAGCUUCGAGAGGAGAUGUCGAACGAUGGUACUCCCCAUUGACCAUCGCGCUCAAUGCGGUGACCAUGAUCUUCUGGCUGGCUGGAUUCGCAGCUGAUGCUGAUCUGUACAAUGGUUAUAAUCCGAGAGGUACAGCAGGGGCGCUUUUAGCUUUCGCGGUCAUGCUUUGGCUCAUUUUCCUCGCACUCCUGAUCCUGAACAUCCUCACUGCGAUUGGCGUUCUGAGAAGUGACAGGGCCGGGCAUACAAGAAUGACAAGAGGAAAGGCAGCAGCGACAGUAUAA